AUGAAGAAGCGUUAUGUCGACGCCAGCCGGCUGCGGAAGAUGAAAAAGAUCAAAAUAACGGAGAAGCUGUCCGAGAGUGCUUACACCUUUCUGAAGUUUAUGAUGCUGUGGACUCUGGUGCUCCUGGCAGAUUUUAUACUGGAGUUUAGACUGGAGUACCUGUGGCCAUGUUGGCUGUUCUUUGGGAGUGUAUACACCACUUUCCACUGCCACGGAUUGGUGAUCUGUGUUGUGUUUGUUUGUGCUGCCUUCACUCUUGACAUCUUCUGCUUGAUUUUUGUCCCAUUGCACUGGCUGUUCUUUGUGGCCAGCACCUAUGUUUUAUUCAAUUACAUAUGGCACACGGAGAAAGGCAUCUGCAUAUCUACAGUGUCCCUGUGGAUUCUGCUUGUGUAUACAGAGGCCUCACUUCGACUCAAAGACAUGAAAAACUCCCAUGCAAACCUCUCCCAUCUCUUUGCAGCACACUGGCUUGAGCAGGAGCUCCGCAGGCUCAAGACAGAGCUGCAGGGAAGCAGGCAGAGCGAGCAGGAGCUGCGAAGCCACAUUUGCAAUGUGACCAACAGUGAGAGGAGCUUGAGACCGGAGGUGUCACUGCUCAGACAGUCCAACAUGCUGCUCCAAAGCAAGAUUCUGUGUCUGACCAAAACCAAGCAGAGGGACAAACAGACCAGCGCGGUGUUGGAGAAGAAGACCAGAGCAGAGACAGAGGCCAGACUCUCCAUUGAGAAACAGCUGGCUGAGCUUCAGGCUCAGAAACUGGAGGAGGCGGCUAGCUCAGCACGAAGCCUAGCAAACAGGCAGGAACACUGUGAAACCCAAAUGUUAAGGAAAAGAGUUAAAGAUCUAGAGACAGAGUACAAACAACUACAGCUGGAGUUUCAAGUGAAAGAGGGUCGUGUGGUAGAUCUAGAGAGUGAUGUUGAGGCUCUGCAGAAAUACCGCUGUGUGGAGCAAGACACGGACAUGCUGCUGUCCACUCUGUCGGCCCUGCAGGAGAAGGCUCAGCAUCUGGAGUACAACCUGAGCGCUGAGACCCGCAUCAAACUGGACCUGUUCUCUGCCCUCGGAGAUGCCCGCAGACAGCUGGAAAUCGCACAAGGUAAAGUGAUGAGGCAGGACCGGGAGAUCUGCGAGAUGAAGAAGAAGAUCGCCGAGGUCAUGGCCGUCAGCCCCGGCGUGUCCUACGUGUCUGCGCCGGCCCCGGUGCCCCAGUACCUCACCAAGCUCCUCAACACGGAGCGCUACACGCUCAACCCCCGAGCUCUCAUGUACCAGUGUCUGAAGAAAUAG